ACAUGGCUGGCUGGGUAUUAUUAUGCAUAACAGCUUAGCUUCGUCUUGUCGUGGGUGCUCCUGCUCGCUCCUGCCGCAACAAUUAGGAGAAGAAGAAGAGAUCAAGUGAGUGAGUGAGUUAUUAGUCAGCAUGUGAAAUCAGUAAGUACAAGGAGUGAUCCGAAAGACGUUAUCCACGGCUUAGUUGACACUUGGACGUGGAUUGGAUAAGUCGCCAACGGGAGUCAAUCUCAAUAAAGCCAUUUAAACACACACAAACCCACUCCACAUGCACACACACAUGCACAUUCGUCAUCAUUACCAAAUCGACGACGACGACAAAGGAGAAGCCUUUCAUUUCUUGAUCAGUGUUGAGAUUGAGGUGGAAGUGGAAGCAGGGAAUAAGUAAAUCUGAGACUUGACUUUCCUUCGUGUGAGACAUUUCAGUCCGGCAGACACGAUUCAUCCAAUUUGCUUUUUUUCUUCUGGAGAAAGUUUGUCUGCUGGAAAAAAAUCAUGCUCAGUGGUUCGAUUUUUUCCAAAUUAUUAUGCCAUGAAGAAUUACACCAGUUUUAAUAAUAAUUUGGUACUGGACCAUGAACACGAGUGCCCACUUGCACCAAUGCACACGCGAGUUCAUUAUUGACUGACUUUUGAGUAUAAUUACUCCGAAAAUCCAACCCUUUUCUCAAGUCAACCGGACUGCAGGGGUCGUUUCCAUUGUUUCCCGUGUCGUCUCGUCCGUUAUUUGUUCCGUGGUGGUGAGAGUGACUUUGUGACGACGGACGGACGUGUACCGCAAAAAACUGAAGCGUUUUCUCCACGGCGAGGAUUUCGUGUCGUCGUCCCUCGUUAGAAAAAAGCGGAGAAAGGAAAGAUAAGCUCUGGAAUCAUGCAGCCGACAAAUUGCACCAUCAACCCGUCGUCCGACAACGACGAGGACAAUCAUCACCCUCCUCAUCACGACGUGAAAGUCAAGUUAUCCAACAAGAUGGAAGACGACACUAAUGCCACCGAGGAAAGAUUAAUAUGUGACAAGAAACCCAACGUCAAACCCAGUUUGGCCACCAGCACGCAAAGAAAUUCAAUUCUCGCCUUUUCCAUCGCAAAGAUAAUGGAACCCUGCAAGCCGAAGGGGAGCAGCAAUAAUAGCACUUUAGUCGGCAGUGGUGGUGGUCGAGUGAGUCGAAUUAUUGGUCAAAAACAGGGAGACAAUUUGUCCUCGUCUUCGCCCUCGUCUUCACCCGUGUCGGGGUUACAGCAGCUCCAAUCGAAUUCCAGAUUCUUUAACCUGGCCGCCCUCGCGACCAGUCAGCAUCAAAUUGGCAGUGACGAAAAACUGGACUCGUCCGCAUUUCGGAAAUAUGCUCCUCAAUCAAUUUCCGACGUGAGUAACUUUUGCGAGUACACGGAACGCAUGAUGAACUCUGACCUCUUCCGGCAAUACCCGUUCCUCUACUAUCCCGCUCAUUAUAGUAACAAUAGCAAUAACACGACGGUUCCUCCUCCUCCGCCACCCCCGCCGCCUCAUCCGGUCGUUCUUCCCCCUGCACACUUUUCCCCCGGGUUGUACGCGGCGUGUGUUGCGGCGGCGGCGAAGAAUAAUCACGUCAGCCCGAUCCUUUCACCGACGCCACGUUUGCAGCAACAUCUCGCCACGGGAAGGGGGUACUUUCACCAGAUUCUAAACCCACCCAGUCAUCCCAAUAAUCAUCAUCAUCACCACCACCACCAUAAUCACGGGAAAAGCGGUACUGGGGCGACUAGUAACAACACUCUCCUCCCCAACAAAACGAGUAACACUACCCGUCGCGGAAGUCUCCGUGGGUCAUCGUCCUCCUCCUCACCCGGGAAAGAAUCUGCCGGAAAGAAGGCCCGAAUUUCCCCCCCAACCUCAGAACAUAACAACAACGUCCUCCUUCUCCUCUCCUCCCCGACAAGCUCGAUCGACCUGACCUCACCAAAGUCCACCACCACGACGACGCCCCUCCUCCGAAGUCCACCCCCCUCCAAGGACUCCCCCAGCUCCGAGAUGGACUCCCUGUCAGGCUCGCCCCAUCCCCCGCAGACGCUCGACCCCUCCUCAAAAACCGGUAUCAACAAGUCCUUCACCUGUCUCCAGUGCGGCAAAGUGUUCAACGCCCACUACAACUUGACGCGACACAUGCCCGUCCACACGGGGGCGAGACCCUUCAUCUGCAAAGUUUGUGGGAAAGGGUUUCGCCAAGCGUCGACCCUUUGUCGCCACAAGAUUAUCCACACUUCCGAAAAACCGCACAAGUGUGGCACCUGUGGCAAAGCGUUCAACCGCUCGUCCACCCUGAACACGCACAUCCGCAUUCACGACGGCUACAAACCCUUCGUUUGCGAAUACUGCGGGAAAGGUUUCCACCAAAAGGGAAACUAUAAGAAUCACAAGUUGACCCACAGCGGGGAAAAGGCGUUCAAGUGUGUCAUCUGUAAUAAAGCGUUCCACCAAAUCUACAACUUGACCUUUCACAUGCACACGCACAACGACAAGAAGCCCUUCACCUGCAAAACGUGUGGGAAAGGGUUUUGUAGGAAUUUCGACUUGAAGAAGCACAUGAGAAAGUUGCACGAGUUGGGUGGGGGCGUCGGCGUUGGGAAUAAUAAUAUUUCGGCGGCGGGGCUAUUGAAUAAUAAUUACAAUCGGCACCACCUCCGUCACCUGAGACACCUGCGACAACACUCUCGACAUGAGAGGGACGAGAUGGUGGACAUUGAGAUGGGCGAGGAGGAGGAGGAGGAAGAGGAGGAAGAGGAAUGUUUGCUGCUUUCCCCACAACAAAAGUUGCAGCAUCUUGACGGGGGAGGAAGUCGGGUCAUCCCACCAGGUUCCAAGGUCGGUCAAGGUCAAGGAGGUCAACCGAUAAGUUUUGCGGGUGCGUCACCAGCUGGGUCGAGCACGACGUCGAAUGGGAGUAGUAGUAUUCCUCCCAGUUUGGGAGGAGGUCAUCAUCAUCAUCACCAGCAGCAGCAUGCUAGCGUUAGUCCGACCCUGUUCAAUCCAUAUUUUACAUUACAUCAUCACCAAAACCAUAUUGCGUCGCAUGGUUCAUUUCUUUCUAAGUUGCCACUUCUCCAAUAAAUAUGGAGCAGUUGCAUACAUGUGUAAAGGUAGGAUGACAUAAUCUAAAAAACGUUGGUGCAAUCUAAUUAAUUAGGUUUAAGUAUAUGAUGAUAACUUUAAGUAGGCAAGUUUAAAGUAAUCUGUCAUUCUUUUCAGGUAGUAGAAAUAACAAUAAAUACGGUAAAAUUACGGUAGUAUAAGUCUAUAGGUUAAUUAAGAAACAAUGGAGGUUACCCAGCAUAUGCUCUCCGAGUUUGAGCAAAUUAGGGUUAAUCGAUAACAAAUUUGAUUAGUAUGAAAUUUGCAAAAGACAAGAUCGCCCAAUGGCGAAGUUUGCCAGAGAUAUUUUCAUCCGAAAACGUGCAAUGAAUUGGAAAAUUUUAAGGUGCGGUUUCUCCUCUUCGGGUGCAAAUAUCGUCGCUAAACGAUACGAUCUUACCUUUUGCAAAUUUCAUAUUAAUCAAAUUUGUGAUCGAUUGACACUAAUUUGCUCAAAAUCGGAGAGUAGACGCUGGGAAACAUCCAUUGUCAGUAUUUCUAACAAGUAUAAAUUUUCAUGCUUUCUCUCCUGGAAAAUUUCCAAUCUUUUCUUUAUUACAAUUCCGGUGAACAACUUCAUCCAUUCGUUAGUAUUGAUAUGUAACCUUUUCGACAUAAAAAUGAAAUUCGACACGAACUUAUAAAUCUUUUUCUUUAUUCGUUUAUUUCUUGAAUGGUAAAAUUUAAUCUAUUUAGCUUUAUGCCGAAUAAAAUAAGCUAUCCACUACAUAAUGUUAAAUAUAACAACCAUGAAUACUAACACAUCACUCUAUAGCUAUACAUACAACUUGUACUUAAUGUUUAAGAUUUAAGACAGCGGAAGUACUUAAUUUUUAAUAAAAGUAUAAAAAAAGUCAUGCCUGGAUUGAAUUAUGAAAAGAAAUUAAA